AUGGGCGCGCGCGCGUGGGCGCGCGCGCCGAUCGCGGGACGGUGGACGGCGUCGCGGGCGCGCGCGCGCGUCGAGCGCGGCGCGCGCGCGCGCGUGGGCGCGGGCGAGAGCAUCAGUAAGAAUCAAGAGUACAUGGGCGGCUUGGGCGGGGACAUCGGCGCGCGCGACGCCACGGUGGGUGAGAUCGAGAGUGGAUUCACGGAGACGUGCCUGGGACACGCGGACACGGAUCACAUGAACCGAGCGCCGAAGGCGAUGGCGGACAUGAUCAAACUCGCGGUUCGUCAAAUCGGGGACGACGGGUACGACGCCAAGUUGACCUUUGAGCAGCAGGAGGUGUUCCGGAAGCAGGUGUGGGAUUGGAAGAUUCGACCGGGGAAAGGGAACUUUGAGUGCCUGCGAAGAGAGUUUUCGGUGAAGGAUGGCGACGCGGAGGCGCUGGUGGAGAAGAUUAACGCCAAAUGCGAGGCGGAGGGAUGGACGCCGGCGUACCUGGGGGCGACGAGCGGCUCGAACGUCGUGUGCGAGCUCGGGAGCGACGCCGUGAAGGGGAUCACGACGAACGAUUUCAUCUUGGCGGCGAAAAUUGACGAGACGGAGGAUAUCUUGUCGAUGGUCGUCAAGGCGGCGCCCAAGGCGAGAAACUGGUUUUAA